GCCUAUACCAGAACACCAUGAAAAACUGUCGCCCGACUCCCCGCCUUGCUGUUCUCUCGUUGUGUCUCCGCUAUCCUUCCCUUUCUACCCAGUUUAGCCAAACCUGCGUGUAUUUCAAUAUUGCCACCACGGGAUUUCGAUUUUAAAGCUGGUUGGCUCUUUUGAGUCUCAAUCAAGGUUGAGCGCUUCCCCCUAGUCCUUAUUCAAGCAGUUUGGUUGGAGUGUUGGUGUGUUUAGUGUUUGAAAAAAGAAAAAAAAGAAGAAUUUAGCUGCAAUUAAUCCACAAGAAUAUCAUUCCCCCUUUAUUUCUAACUUGAUAAAAGCACAAAAACAUGCCGAAGAGAAAGGCUGUAGCUGUAGAGGGUGAUGCCAAGGAGGAGCCACAGAGGAGGUCGGCAAGGUUAUCGGCUAAACCAACAGCACCGAAACCGGAUCCAAAACCCAAAAAGACAGCAGCAAAGAAAGAAAAGGCUGUGAACGAUAAAAAGGAAGACAAGAAGGCAGCGGUGAAAGGAAAAAAGGGUGUGAAAGGUGAGACCAAGCAGGAGGAUACAAAGGAGGAAAACCACUCUGAGAAUGGAGACACCAAAACCAACGAGGAAGAGUCCGUUAAGGCCUCUGAAGAGAAAGAAGCCCACCCAGAGUAACAUGCUGUCUGCCCUCCCAUCUCUGUUGUCCAGUAUCUGUACCUCCAUGAAGUAUUGUUAACAGAGGAAUAUUUUUAUCAACUUUUUUAUAAAUAAAAGUUUUUUUUAAAGCAUGAAUUUCAGAAAGGAGCGCCAAACAUCUUGGUUGCGUGGGGUUAAGAAGAAAUUCCAAGAGGAAGGACUGAAACCGUGACAACAAGAAAAACAUACACAUCAGCGAGGACAGGAAACCCUUAAAUUUUAAACUGUGGUUGUAAUAGUUUGUAUGAUACCUAAGAGGGAAGUUUGUGGUAGAUUUUAACUUUUGGUCUUUGUGUCCCCUUUUCAUGUGUGCAGUUCUACCCAGCAACUGUUUUAAUUUUCUCCAUAUCACAUUUUAUUUUGGGUUGGUUUGCUUGUUGUUUUUGUUUUUUGUUUUUUUUUUUUCCAGGGAGGCCUGGAAAAAAAAAUAGGUAUAAAAAAUAAUACAGUGAAACAUUCCAGUUAUUUGGGGGAUGGCUUUAUAAAAAUUUGAAAAAAAUCAAUAUUUUAGUGAUAUUGUAAAGUGUGAAAAUACUAGGUUUGUGGGGUUAAUUUUAUUGAUUUUUAUACAAUUAAGAAGAAAAUCAUGUAAAAUAAGUUUAAUGAAAACCAACAUCUCUUUGAAUGGGCAGAUGGAUGCGUGUACCCAAUUUCUUUUAAACGUUUUGCUGGAUAGAUCUUAAUAAUAUCUUAAUAAAAACAAAUUUAAAAAGAGAAAAACACUCCUCGAAGACCA